CGGCGCAGGCCGCUUUGGGGCGGGGCUGUCUCUGCGGCCUGUGCGGGCGCAGGCUGAGGAGUUGCCGGGCGUGCUGCGGAUGUAUAAGGAGUAUCGGGGCGGCGCGGCCCGGCGGGCGGCAGGAUUAAGUCAGCUGCCCUUUGAUCCUGCCACUAACAACGGACCUCUGCAGUUUACCAACACCACUGGCCCUCUGGUUUCUGAAAGUGCAGUUGAGAAUGGAGGGGAGUCAAGCAAGAAGAGAAAGAGAACAAACAUUCCUGCAACAGGUGGUGUUAGAAAUCUGAAUGCAGACUCCAUCCCAAUGGGCUUGCCUAUGUCGGACCUCACUGCAUGGGCCACUGCGAUGAACAAUCUAGGGAUGGCACCGAUGGGAAUGUCAGGGCAGCCGCUGCUGCCCGAUUUUGACCCUGCACUUGGAAUGAUGACGGGAAUCCCACCUAUCAACCCCAUGAUGCCUGGCUUAGGGAUAGUUCCACCACCUAUUCCUCCAGAUAUGCCAGCAGUGAAGGAGAUUAUUCACUGCAAAAGCUGCACCCUUUUCCCACCCAACCCAAAUCUUCCUCCUCCUGCAACAAGAGAGAGGCCCCCAGGGUGCAAGACGGUGUUUGUAGGAGGACUUCCAGAAAACGGGACCGAGCAGAUCAUUGUGGAGGUUUUUGAGCAAUGUGGAGAGAUCAUAGCUAUUCGGAAGAGUAAAAAGAACUUCUGCCACAUCCGCUUUGCUGAGGAAUUCAUGGUGGACAAGGCGCUCUAUCUCUCUGGUUAUCGCAUCAGGCUAGGCUCCAGCACUGACAAAAAGGAUACCGGACGCCUCCAUGUGGACUUUGCUCAAGCUCGGGAUGAUCUGUAUGAGUGGGAAUGUAAACAGCGGAUGCUGGCACGAGAGGAGCGCCAUCGUAGAAGAAUGGAGGAGGAGAGAUUCUGUCCUCCUUCUCCACCCCCUGUUGUCCACUACUCUGACCACGAGUGCAGCAUUGUUGCUGAAAAGCUGAAAGAUGAUUCCAAGUUCUUGGAAGCAGUGCAGACCUUGGUGACCUGGAUAGAACGUGGGGAAGUGAACAGGCGGAGUGCAAACAACUUCUACUCCAUGAUCCAGUCAGCUAACAGUCACAUUCGCAGAUUGAUGAACGAGAAAGCAGCCCAUGAGAAAGAGAUGGAGGAAGCUAAGGAGAAGUUUAAGCUUGCUCUCUCAGGGAUUCUAGUUCAGUUUGAGCAGAUAGUGGCUGUGUACCAUUCUGCCUCCAAACAAAAGGCUUGGGACCAUUUCACGAAAGCUCAGCGUAAGAACAUCAGCGUGUGGUGCAAACAAGCCGAGGAAAUCCGCAACAUUCAUAAUGAUGAACUCAUGGGUAUUCGAAGAGAAGAGGAAAUGGAAAUGUCUGAUGAUGAGCUAGAAGAUCCUUCAGAGACGAAAGAAACAGAAGAAUCAGCACUGAUAUCCCAGGCAGAGGCCCUAAAGGAGGAAAAUGACAGUUUGCGCUGGCAGCUGGAUGCCUACAGGAAUGAGGUGGAGCUGUUAAAGCAAGAGCAGGGUAAAGCGAACAGAGAUGAAGACACAACUAGAGAGCAGCAGUUAAAACUCCUCCAGCAAGCUUUACAGGGAAUGCAGCAGCAUCUUCUGAAAUUGCAAGAGGAAUACAAAAAACGAGAAGCCGAGCUAGAAAAAGUGAAGGAAGACAAAGUACAAAUGGAAAUGUUGUUAGAAACCCUGAAGGAGCAGCAAGAGAUGGCAGAUGAAGAGGACAAGGAGAGAGACGUGGCUGAUAAUCAAGGAAAUGAGAGCAGUACUUACAGGAUCUGUGCAUCUAGCCAGGAGAAGGAGUUCCCACUUGAGAGGACCCUGAGCUGUAGCCCUGUCAAAUCUGAACGAGAAGCUUUAUUAGUAGGUAUAAUUUCAACAUUUCUUCAUGUUCACCCAUUUGGAGCAAGCAUAGAGUACAUCUGUUCCUACUUACAGCGGCUCGACACCAAG